UGUCAAUUGUCAUAUUAUGGUUAAUUGCUUGUGCUUGUAGUGGAUUUAGCGAAAUUGGCUAUUUUUGUUAUUAAUAAAAUGGUAUUCGUGAAACAAAUCAGUUAACGUCUUUAUUUUUGUAUAAUAUUGUGAUGUGCAUAUAAAAUUUUUAAAGGAAUUAUUUUGUAAACAAAAAUGAGUGGGAAUGGAGGUAAAGGUUUUGGUUUUGCUGGGUUUUCGAUGCCCAAACGGAAUCCCUCGAAUGUGUCGUUACACGCAGUGCCUCCUCCCACGGCGUCGAUGCAUAAUGUUCCUCCACCGUCGACGGGGCUGUCCAAGCAAGGCUAUUCAACUAUGAACUCUAUCACGCAAAAUGCUAUGACCGGCAAUUGGGGGACCUCGGGAAAGAAACGCUCAAAGACAGAAGAUGAAUAUUUUGAUGAUGAUGACGAGCCUCCAACACCUGCUCUUGCAUACAUCCCCGCGCCAGGAAGCCCUUCUAAUGAUAUGUCUAACUCUCAGGACAUAGAAGAAGAGGACCCUUUAGACGCAUACAUGGCUGGAUUGGAGCAGCAAGCAGCCAAGGACCUGAAAACAAGCAAAGAGAAUGAGGCCUCGGGCAAGGGUGAUACAGCUCGGGGUACCAGGGGAGAUAUUGAUGAAAUGGAUGAUGAAGAAAGUUACUAUAAAUAUAUGGAGGAAAAUCCACUCUCCGCUGCAGAUGAUGGUUCAGAUGUUGAAAUUGAGUAUGAUGAAGAUGGCAACCCCAUUGCUCCCCCAAAGAAGAAGUUCAUAGACCCCUUACCUCCCAUAGAUCAUUCAGAAAUUGUAUAUGAACCAUUUGAAAAAAACUUCUACACCCCACAUGAAGAUAUAGAGAAAUUGACAAAUGAACAGGUGGAAGAAUUGAAAAAGAACUUAGGUGUACAGAUAUCGGGACCCGAACCGCCAAGACCAGUCAGCAGUUUCGCCCAUCUUGGCUUUGAUGAACAGCUGAUGAAAGCUAUUCGUCGGUCAGAAUAUACGCAACCCACGCCUGUGCAGGCUGCUGGUGUUCCCGCGGCUCUAUCUGGACGAGAUCUAAUCGGUAUCGCUAGAACGGGAUCAGGUAAAACAGCAGCGUUUUUAUGGCCCUUGCUGAUACAUAUCAUGGAUCAAAAGGAGUUAGCACCCGGGGAUGGGCCUAUUGGUUUGAUUUUAGCACCAACGAGAGAAUUAGCCCAACAGAUUUACAUGGAAGCGAAGAAAUUCGGCAAAGUGUAUAACAUUCGGUGCGUAUGCUGUUACGGCGGCGGGUCUAAGUGGGAGCAAACAAAGGCAUUAGAAGGUGGAGCUGAAAUCGUCGUGGGUACCCCGGGGCGUGUCAUAGACAUGAUAAAGUGUAAAGCGACGAAUUUGCAGAGGGUCACCUACUUGGUGUUAGAUGAAGCCGACAGAAUGUUCGAUAUGGGAUUUGAGCCGCAGGUGCGCUCGAUCUGCGCGCACGUGCGGCCGGAGCGGCAGGCGCUGCUGUUCUCCGCCACCUUCCCGCGCCGCGUGGAGCGCCUCGCGCGCGACGCGCUGCACGACCCCGUGCGCGUGCAGCACGGCGCCGCCGGCCAGGCCUGCCACCUCGUCACGCAGCACGUGCGCAUAUUCAACAAACCAGAAGAUAAAUGGCCGUGGCUACUGCACAACCUCGUCGAGUUCCUGUCGGCGGGUAGCGUUUUAAUAUUCGUUACCAAAAAGCUGGAAGCGGAGCAAACAGCAGCGAACCUCGGCGUGCAGGAGUACGACGCGCUGCUGCUGCACGGUGACAUGGAACAAGCUGAUAGGAACAAGGUGAUCACCGCCUUCAAGCGGCAGGAGCAGAACAUCCUGGUUGCCACCGAUGUUGCAGCCCGCGGGCUGGACAUCCCGCACAUCCGCACGGUGGUGAACUACACGGUGGCGCGCGACAUCGACACGCACACGCACCGCGUGGGGCGCACGGGGCGCGCGGGCGCGCGCGGCGCCGCCUACACGCUGCUCGCGCGCGACCGCGACCGGGACUUCGCGGGGCACCUGCUGCGCAACCUCGAGGGCGCCCAGCAGGAAGUGCCCGAAGAGUUGACGCAAUUGGCGAUGCAGUCCGCUUGGUUCAGGAAGUCGCGCUUCAAGAAGGGUAAAGGGAAGAAUUUGAACAUAGGCGGCUGUGGAUUAGGGUACAAAGAGAGGCCUGGAUUGCCCAACGUGACCGAGGAGCCAAUAGUGAGCGUCCCCAGCGGUGGGCCUGCUACAGAUCGUCUGGCCUCCCUCAAACAAGCCUUCCGCUCGCAAUACAACAAGUUCACAGCGUCUACAGACCACUCGUGGGAGCAAACGCGCGAUGUGCUGCAGCCGGGCGUGAAUGCGCCCGCGCAGCCCGAGCGCACGCGGCGCAGUGGCAAGAAGAGCCGCUGGGAGUGAUUAAUAUAUUAUGUAUCAUAAUA